GUUCCGCGGCGCCUCGCACGACCGGAAGUGGCCGGGCCCGAGCCGGAGGGACCCGGCGGAACGGAAGUCCCUCGGAGAAACUGUGGCGACAGUGGCGGCGAGAGGAUGAACAACAAGUUCGACGCCUUGAAAGAUGAUGACAGUGGGGACCACGACCAGAAUGAGGAAAACAGCGCACAGAAAGAUGGUGAGAAGGAAAAGGCCGAGCGGGAGAAGGGCCAGGGCAGCAGCAAGCGGAAGGCUGUCGUCCCUGGACCGGCAGAGCACCCCCUGCAGUACAACUACACUUUUUGGUACUCGCGGAGGACCCCCGGCCGGCCCACCAGCUCCCAGAGCUACGAGCAGAACAUCAAGCAGAUCGGAACCUUUGCUUCUGUGGAGCAGUUCUGGCGCUUCUAUAGCCACAUGGUGCGGCCUGGAGACCUGACAGGCCACAGUGACUUCCACCUCUUCAAAGAAGGCAUUAAACCCAUGUGGGAGGAUGAUGCAAAUAAAAAUGGCGGCAAGUGGAUCAUUCGGCUGCGCAAGGGCUUGGCCUCCCGUUGCUGGGAGAACCUCAUCCUGGCCAUGCUGGGGGAGCAGUUUAUGGUUGGGGAGGAGAUCUGUGGGGCCGUAGUCUCUGUCCGCUUUCAGGAAGACAUUAUUUCAAUAUGGAACAAGACUGCCAGCGACCAAGCCACCACGGCCCGUAUCCGGGACACGCUUCGGCGCGUGCUCAACCUACCUCCCAACACCAUUAUGGAAUACAAAACUCACACCGACAGCAUCAAGGACAAUUCAAGCUUUCGAAAUACAAAAAUCACAUUGUGAAAAUACCCGAGCUGACAAUAAUCCCUUUCUAUCUGUGUGUGGGAGUCCGAAAAGGAGGGACACCUCCAGCUGGCCCUUCCUCCUGCCCACGGAAGGGAUGGCCAAGCCCCGUGCUCCUGUUUUGCAUUCCUGCCUGGAGGCCGGAGUUUGCUCGACACCCUCCCGCUCGCUGACUUUAGACAGCAGGAAAACGGAGCCGGGGACUUUGUAUUAGACGGUUGUUGGGGGGGGGAGUUCAGCCUUUGGUUUCGCUGUGUGCCGCCCAGGUGCCCGAGGACACCCCACCGCCGUGCACGCACGUCUGCUGCUGUCUGGAGGCCGCUGUGAGCGUGCCUGCAGGCCAGAGCCCCGUGGGAGUUAGCAGUAUUACGAGUGUCUGCACCCAGGAGAGGCCCAGAGUCGCUGUGAAGGUCCUCUUCUAGCUUGGCCAUUAAAUUAUUGGGACAUUUUGGUUUCUUCUUGCCCCUCUUCCCCUAAGUCCACCACAAUCUGGAAACGCGUUGUGGAUGCGAUGGC